GAAGCUUAGGGAGAUGAAGCCAGGUGUCUUGUCACAGGAACUAAAAGAAGCUCUGGGUAUGCCAGAUGGUGCCCCUCCUCCCUGGCUUAUCAACAUGCAGAGAUAUGGUCCUCCACCUUCUUUUCCGCAUCUCAAAAUUGCUGGCUUGAAUGCUCCGAUCCCUCCUGGAGCUAGCUUUGGUUAUCAUCCUGGAGGCUGGGGUAAACCUCCUGUUGAUGAAUAUGGGCGUCCUUUAUACGGAGAUGUAUUUGGUGUCCAACAACAUGAACAACGCAACUAUGAGGAAGAGCCUGUUGAUAGGAGCAAGCAUUGGGGUGAUUUGGAGGAAGAAGAGGAGGAAGAAGAGGAAGAGGAAGAACAGAUGGAGGAAGAGGAAUUGGAGGCAGGCAUUCAAUCUGUGGACAGUCUUUCGAGGUAACAGGACACUUCAACCUAAUACAAGUAAGGCUCAAAUCAUGGGCAUACAUGUACUGUUCCAAACUCAAACCAUGGGCCCAUCUUUAGACGGGGCAGGGCCUCAAAUUAAGAUUGUUUGGGAAAUU